AUUUGACCAGAGAAGAAGAAGCAUCUCUUUUUUUUGGAAAGCGCAAAGCGGAAGUACAACCUAGAAGACUUCCGGGUCGCUGACAGAUCAACAAUGCAACAGCGGGAGGAGAAGCAGCUGGAGACGGCGGUGGAGUCUCUCAUCUCCCGGGUGGCUCACGUUAAAAACGCCCUGAGCAGCUUCAUCUACAAGCUGGAGAAUGAGUACGAACGUCUGACAUGGCCAUCUGUUUUGGACAACUUUGCUCUCCUCUCGGGUCAGCUGAACACCAUCAACAAGCUGCUGAGGAACGAGAAGACCCCAGCUUUCCGGAGUCAGGUCAUCAUCCCGCUGCUCCUGUCUCCUGACCGGGAUGAGGAUUUAGCUAAACUCACAGAGCAACGCGUCCCGGUGUUCAGUCACGAGAUUGUGCCAGAUCACUUGAGGACCAAGCCUGACCCCGAGGUGGAAGAGCAGGAGAAGCAGCUGAGUGCAGAGGCGGUCAGGAUUGGUCCUGAGUUGGCUCAGAAGCAUAUCCAGGCUCUGAACAAGCUGUGUUCCAACCUUCUGGAGAAGCUGAACAACCCUCGAGAGGACAGAGAGGGAGAUGCUUCUGCAGUGCGGCAGAACAAAGCGUCCUUCAACCCCACAGACACCAGUGCCUUGGUAGCAGCUGUGGCUUUUGGGAAGGGACUCUCCAAGUGUAGACCUCCUGGCCCUGUGGCCCCUGGCCACCCAGGGCAGGGGCCCAUGAUGAGCGGAGGUCCAACGUUACAGCAGGUCACUAUUGGUGGCGGGUCAAACCAGCAAGCAGGUAUGGGAGGGCCUGGGGCCCCCCAGCAGCAAGGUCAGCCAGGAAAAAUGCCAAGCAGCAUCAAGACAAACAUCAAGUCUGCAUCGGGUUCCAUUCACCCUUACAACCGGUGAUCUCCCCCGCCCGCCUCUUUACUGCUCAGAUGCAGGAACAUCAGUCUGUUACUGGGUCCACCUUCACGUCCCCCUUUGAAGCUCUCUAUACAGCCACUAGGUGGCAGCAUGGGAUCCUUUAUGGCUAAAUCUUAACAGCACAAUGACAUGUUUUCAAUAAAACCCAGAAAAGCA